AUGCCCUGCACUUUUAAAUACCCCCCUGGACAUCAGAUCACAACAGUGUAUUGGAUCAAAUCAUUAGACAAUCUAGAUGAUGAUCUGUCUAAACAUCCUGAAUACAAUAAACGAAUUGAAUAUCUAACAUAUAAAUGGCAUAACUGCACCCUCAAACUGAGUGAUGUGCAAAAGAAGGAUGCACACAAGUAUUAUGUCAGAAUCAUAACUAAUAUUACGGAUGGAAAAUGGGUUGACAAAAAAGGAAUGACUCUUAAUGUUACAGAUCUGCAGGUAGAGUCUCCUGAGAGCGUGAAAGAAGGAGAUUCAGUUAAUCUGACUUGUAAAAGCACCUGCAAUCUGACUGAUCGAGCAAGAUUCACCUGGUGGAAAAACACACAGUCAUUAACUGAGACAAACAGUAAACUCCUCCUGCAGUCAGUCAGAAGAGAGGAUGCAGGCAGAUAUAGCUGUGCUGUACACGGACACAAUUUCACAUCACAUGUUUAUCUCAAUGUCACAUACCCCCCAGAGAAAGUCUCAGUGUCCAUGAGUGGAUCUGGUGAAAUAGUUUUGGGUGAUUCAGUGACUCUGACCUGCAGCAGUGAUUCAAACCCACCUGCUCACAUCUACACCUGGUUUAAGGUGAAUGAAAGCUCAUCUGUUGGAUCGGGACAGAAUUACAGCAUCUCCAACUUUAAUUCCAGUCACAGUGGACGGUUUUACUGUGAGGCUCAGAAUGAACAUGGAUCUCAGAGAUCAGCUGCUCUAUCAGUCUCUGUUGCAGGAGGAAAACAUGCAGUUUGGUUGAAAAAACAAAGAUCUGUUAACAUCAGAGAAAAGCAGCAUGUAGACCUGUGUGAUAACAUUGACGUUGUACGUCUGUCCUCUGAAGAUGUGUACAUCAACAAUCCUGCAGUCAGGGAAGAGUCACAUGAUGUUAACUCCAGUGAGGACCUAUACAAAGAUCUGGACAAAAAGUACAUGUCAUCUGAUGACGUGUACAAUCUACCAGCACAUGUUCACACUGAUGAUGACAUAUACGCCAAUGUUGAUGCUGUGUAG